AUGAUGCGGCUGUGGCGGUCGGCGCUGCUGCGGGAGCUGCUGCUGCUCGGCCCGCCGGGGGCGGCCGGCGGCGGCGGCCCGGGUCCCGGCGCCGGCCCCAGGCGCCUGCCGCCGCCGCUGGCCGCCUUCGGCGCGAGCCCGCCCGCCUCCCGCCGCGGCCCGGGGCUGCCGCCGCCGCCGCCGCCUUCGGCGCGGGGUUUGUGCACUCGCUCGGAGGGAGCCUUGGAGGAGCCGGGGAAGGGGGCGCAGGCGCCGCCGCCGCCGCCCCCCGGCGAGCCCCCCGCCGACAGCGGCCACAACAAUAACCACGGCGGCGGCAAGGAGCUGGCCGGAGGCGGCGGCGGGGGGGAGAAUAAAGUGAAGCAAGGUCUCCUUCCUAGCUUAGAAGAUCUACUUUUCUAUACUAUUGCAGAAGGACAAGAAAAAAUACCAGUUCAUAAAUUCAUUACGGCACUCAAGUCUACAGGAUUACGUACAUCUGAUCCCCGAUUGAAAGAGUGCAUGGAUAUGUUAAGACUGACCCUUCAAACAACUUCAGAUGGUGUUAUGCUGGACAAAGACCUUUUUAAAAAGUGUGUACAAAGUAAUAUUGUGUUGCUUACUCAAGCUUUCAGGAGGAAGUUUGUCAUUCCAGAUUUUAUGUCGUUUACUUCACAUAUUGAUGAGCUAUAUGAAAGUGCUAAAAAACAAUCUGGAGGAAAGGUUGCUGACUAUAUUCCACAACUGGCCAAGUUCAGCCCUGAUUUGUGGGGUGUGUCACUUUGCACAGUGGAUGGACAGAGGCAUUCUGUUGGCGAUACCAAAGUUCCAUUUUGUCUUCAGUCCUGUGUAAAGCCUUUGAAAUACGCUAUUGCUGUUAAUGAUCUUGGCACAGAGUAUGUGCACAGAUAUGUUGGUAAAGAGCCUAGUGGAUUAAGAUUCAACAAAUUGUUCCUGAAUGAAGAUGACAGGCCUCAUAACCCUAUGGUGAAUGCUGGAGCAAUUGUGAUCACGUCUUUAAUCAAGCAAGGAGCAAAUAAUGCAGAAAAAUUUGACUACGUGAUGCAAUUCAUGAAUAAAAUGGCUGGUAAUGAGUAUGUUGGAUUCAGUAAUGCUACGUUCCAGUCCGAAAGAGAGAGUGGAGAUAGAAACUUUGCGAUCGGCUAUUACUUGAAAGAAAAAAAGUGCUUUCCUGAAGGCACGGAUAUGGUUGCUAUACUAGACUUCUAUUUUCAGCUUUGCUCAAUAGAAGUAACAUGUGAAUCAGCAAGUGUGAUGGCAGCAACUCUGGCUAAUGGUGGCUUUUGCCCAAUCACUGGUGAAAGAGUACUGAGUCCUGAAGCAGUCCGGAAUACCUUGAGUUUAAUGCAUUCCUGUGGCAUGUAUGACUUUUCAGGGCAGUUUGCCUUCCAUGUUGGUCUUCCUGCAAAAUCUGGAGUUGCUGGUGGGAUUCUUCUGGUUGUUCCUAAUGUCAUGGGCUUGAUGUGCUGGUCGCCUCCUUUGGACAAGAUGGGCAACAGCGUUAAAGGAAUUCACUUUUGUCAUGAUCUGGUUUCUUUGUGCAAUUUCCAUAACUACGAUAAUUUGAGACACUUUGCAAAAAAGCUUGAUCCUCGCAGAGAAGGUGGUGAUCAGCGGCAUUCCUUUGGACCAAUGGACUAUGAGAAUCUCCAGCAAGAACUUGCUUUAAAAGAAACAGUAUGGAAAAAAGUGUCACCUGAAUCAAACGAGGACAUCUCCAGAACCGUAGUGUAUAGAAUGGAAGGUCGGGGAGAGCAAAACUAAACGAAUGGGUUCUAGUUUCAUUAAAUUCUUCAUUUUAAAAACCCUCAAGCAUCUCUAGAUUUAACUUUGAUUUGAAUAUUGUUUGCCUGGUGUUUCAUUUAUAUAUAUUUUGUGUAAAUUCUGUAUGCUAUACCAAAAAG